AUGUCCAGAGCCCAGGAGGUCUGGUUUCCGACCCGGCUGCUUGAAGUCGAGGGUCCCAAUGCUAGACUGAUCGUCACCAAGGAAAUCCCGCCCAAGGGCCCGUACAUAUCGCUCAGCCACUGCUGGGGCGGCGCCGACAUCAUCAAAUGCACCGAAAAGACCUUGCCUGAGCUCCGAAAGGGGGUCCUGGCUUCAGACCUUCCCGGAACCUUCCGAGAUGCCCUCAGCGUCACCCGGUCCCUCGGAAUGGCCUACAUCUGGAUCGAUUCCCUGUGCAUUGUCCAAGACUCUCCCUCCGACUGGGCUGCCGAAUCCAAGACGAUGCUCAACGUCUACCAGCACAGUAUCCUGAAUCUUGCCGCUACCCAGUCCCGCAACAGCCAUACCGGCCUCUUCGUCCACCGCGCGCCGGAGAGUCUGCUUUCCGGCACGUUUACCAUCUCCAACGGUGCUCUGAGCGGCUCCUUCAUCGCCGUCGAAGCCGCGCUGGACAAGCCGUACUGGACUGCUGCGGUGGACGAUGCCCCGCUCAACACCCGUGGCUGGGUCUUGCAGGAGCGUGUCAUCUCACCCCGGGUAGCUCAUUUCACGUCGGACCAGGUCAUCUGGGACUGUGCCGAGCUCACCGCAGCUGAGACGGUGCCCUCCGGCGCACAGGCGAUGCCACGCACAGUCCCGUUGGGUAUCGGGCAGAAGCGCGGGUCGAGCCUGCUGAAGGUGCCGCAAGAGCAGGACCGGGCCCUCGGCCAGUGGGGGACGAUUGUGAAAGAGUACUCUCAGUGCCACUUGACAGUCCCCUCGGACAAGGUUGUUGCCCUCUCCGGCGUGGUGGAUUACUUGAGGCUCAGGUUAAGAGACAAGUUCUAUGCUGGUCUCUGGAGGGCGCAGAUGGAGAUGCAGCUCUGCUGGACGGUGACGGGAUCGAGAGCGGCGAAGCGGAACGCCUGUGCACCAUCGUGGUCGUGGAUGAGCGUCGACUGCGCCGUCGACACACCGCAGCAUAACGAGUACGAUGGUUAUGUCGUGAAGCUUCUUGUGGAGGUCGUCAAUGUCGAUGAGGCAGCCGAGACCGAUAACAAAGGUAGUAUCUGGCUCCGCGGCGUGCUGAGCCCCGUUACACUUGAGACUCAACCUCAGCAUCGGCUAGUUGGUACUGGAAUGGAGCAUCUGGUUCAUCUGUCACUGGACACGGCCGAUGCCGUCGAUGCAGCAGGUGCUCUGUUCUUUGUUCCCGUAUUCGAUGUGCAGGAGCCGGAUACCGGAGGGAUGUACCAGCGGUUUUCCGAGCUCAGGGGCCUGCUUUUGGAGGAGUUGGAUAAAGAGGCGGGUAGAUACUUGCGACGUGGGCACGUCUUCGCUUCAGCACGGCAAGACACGAAAAGCAGGCAGUUCCCAGAGAGCUACCUUGAUUUCCUGCAAGCUGUCGAACAGAACCUGCCUCGAUCUUCCAAGAGGGGUACAACGAGUAGUCGUCUUUUUUCGAUCAUAUGA